CUCACCCCUACCAAAGAAAGAAAAAUUCAAUAACAAGAAAAAAAAACGCAGGCACCAUCUCCACUGCUCUCCCGCAACAAACUCCGCCAAUCAAAGCAAUCUAAGACCAGAAUGCUCCUCCUCCUCCUCCUCUCCGCCGCCGCAGCCGCCGCGGCGGCGCACUCCGGCGAGAACCGUUUCCUCGAAGCUCCCCAGUUCUACAAUUCACCCACCUGCCCCCCUCCCCUACCCCCAUCGCCGGCCAUGGUGUGCUCGCCCGCCGCCCUCAUCCAUGUCGCCAUGACUCUCGACAUCGCCUACCUGCGCGGCUCCAUGGCCGCCAUCAACUCCGUUCUUCAACAUUCCUCCUGCCCCCAAUCAAUCCAGUUCCACUUCCUCGCCUCUAAAUCCAUCCCCCAUCUCAAUUCCACCAUUGCCUCCUCCUUCCCAUCCCUCCCCUUCCUCAUCCACCACUUCGAUCCCUCUCUCGUCUCCGGCCUCAUCUCCACCUCCAUCCGCUCCGCCCUCGAUCGUCCCCUCAACUACGCUCGCUCCUACCUCCCCCAUCUCCUCCCCUCCUGCAUCCAUCGCGCCGUUUACCUAGACUCCGACCUCAUCCUCGUCGACGACAUCGCCUCCCUCGCCGCCACCCCCAUCCCUCCCCCUUUCUCCCUCGCCGCCCCCGAAUACUGCAACGCUAAUUUCACCGCAUACUUCACCCCCACAUUCUGGUCAAACCCCGCCCUCUCCACCACCUUCCAUGGCCGCCGCGCUUGCUACUUCAACACAGGGGUGAUGGUGAUGGAUCUGAAGAGGUGGAGGCAGGAGGGUCAUACGGAGAAAAUCGAGGAAUGGAUGGAUUUACAGAAGCGAAUGCGGAUCUACGAACUAGGAUCUCUGCCGCCGUUUCUGCUGGUGUUCUCCGGGAGGAUCGCGGCGGUGGAUCACCGGUGGAACCAGCAUGGAUUGGGAGGAGAUAAUUUCAGGGGAUUGUGCAGGAAUCUCCAUCCAGGGCCGGCGAGCCUGCUGCAUUGGAGUGGGAAGGGGAAGCCAUGGGUCCGAAUCGACGCUGGCCGUCCGUGCCCUAUUGAUGCUCUCUGGGCGCCGUACGAUCUUCUCCAGCCCCCCUUCCCCAUCCAAGUGGAUCCUUGAUUCCUCAAAAGUCCUUUCAGAGGAAGUGGGAAUUCAAUUGGAUGGGAGGGUUUGCUGUGUAGAUAUUGGAUUAAGGAGGGGUUUAAUUGUGAAUUUCCUUAUUACACUUUUCUUCUGUGAAAUACAUUUUCACCCUUUUGAAGUGUAAAAAACGAAUCAUUUAUAUAUUAAUAAAAAGGCAUCGUAAUUUUUUUCUA